GUAUUAUGAUGCGUGUGUGUGGUGUUUUUCAUUCUGAGAACAUUUCCUGUAUUGUGAUGCGUGUGUGUGGUGUUUUUCAUUCUGAGAACAUUUCCUGUAUUGUGAUGCGUGUGUGUGGUGUUUUUCAUUCCGAGGAAAUUCCGAGGUCAAUGUUUCCAAGAGAAGAUGGGGAGCUAAACAAGCCGAGGUUGACUCACAGCAUGGAGUUAAUGAUGAAGAACAGUUCAUUGCCCUGGUGUCUGACCAUGAGUGUCUGUGACUGAUAAAGGACGGAGCGAGCCUCCCAGCCAGAACACAGCUCCACAGACUCAGAACCGACCCGUGUGUACUAGAGGACCCAUCACAGACAUGAGGCUCAGUCCCAUGACCAGAGUGCUCCAUUUUCUUUUUCUUCUGGCUCUUCUGGUGGUUGUGAACGUUGGAGCAGACCCACAUCAGUCCAAGGAGAGACGCUACUACAUAGCUGCUGUGGAGAUAGACUGGAACUACUCUGGCAAUGACACCAGCAGGUUUGGUACCACCUAUAAAAAAGUGGUCUAUCGAGAGUAUGACCAAGACUUCAGACAGGCUAAGACGCAUCCUUCCUGGUUGGGUCUGCUGGGACCCACGCUGAGGGCGGAGGAGGGUGACACAAUAGUGGUGACGUUCAGGAACAUGGCAACUGGAGUGUACAGUAUCCACCCACAUGGAGUGGCUUACGGGAAGCAGUCAGAGGGGGCUAACUACUUUGACAACACGUCACAGAAGGAAAAAGAGGAUGACAUGGUGCUUCCCAAUGGUGAACAUGUCUACCAUUGGGAGGUGACUCCAGAUGUCUCACCUGUACCAGAUGACCCUGCAUGCCUUACCUACACCUAUACCUCCCAUCAGAAUGUGGUUCAGGACUACAACUCUGGCCUCAUUGGUGCCCUGCUCAUUUGCAAGCCUGGCAGUCUGGAUGACUCUGGAAAACAAUUUGGCUUUCACCAGGAGUACGUAUUCCUCUUUGGGGUUUUUGAUGAAACAGCAAGUAUGUACAGACCAAGCGGAUAUUCUCCAGACAACCAUGUCAAAUACACCAUCAAUGGAUACACAAGAGGAUCGUUGUCUGGUGUCAGCAUGUGUGCUCAUGCCCCUGUGAGCCUCCAUAUGGCAGGAAUGAGCUCAGAACCGGAGGCCUUCUCUGUGCACAUCAACGGUCAGGUGAUGACACAAGGAGGCCACAAAGUGUCAUCGGUUGGGCUGAUCAGUGGCUCCAGCGCCACGGCCAGCCUGGUGGCUCCAUAUGCAGGCCGCUGGCUUCUCUCCUCAAAAACCAUGAAGCACAUAGAAGCUGGCUUGCAUGGCUUUGUGGAUGUGCAGAAAUGUGACAACUUUGAGGAACCAUCACGCAGAAUGACAAUUGCACAGCAACGACAAAGCAAAGAAUGGACCUACUACAUUGCUGCAGAGGAAAUCAUCUGGAACUUCUCACCCAAUCUUCAGGACCAUGUUGAUGCGGACUUCCAACGACAGUACCUGACAAAGUCACCAACACAUAUUGGUGCAAAGUACAAGAAGGCGGUGUACACCCUGUAUACAAAUGCAUCGUUCACUGAGAAGCUUGAGAACAAACAAAGGAAAAGUGAGCUGGGAAUUCUUGGUCCAGUAAUUAGAGCCCAAAUCAGAGACGUCAUCAAGGUUGUAUUUAGAAACAUGGCUUCAAGACCCUACAGCAUCUACCCACAUGGGCUGACCAUAGACAAGUCUGAGGAGGGAGUCACCUAUCCAGAAGGAGGAAACAAAUCUCAUGCCAUCCAGCCAGGCGAAACACACACCUAUGUCUGGAAUGUGCUGACAGAGAAUGAGCCUUUGGAUAAAGAUUCUAGAUGUUUGACCCGAAUGUACCACAGCGCAGUGGACACACCACGAGACAUUGCCUCAGGACUCAUAGGACCCAUUCUCAUCUGCAAAAGUCAGUCCCUCAAUGUCAGAAAUGUGCAGGUGAGAGCAGACAAGGAGCAGCAUGCCAUGUUUUCUGUGUUUGAUGAGAACAAGAGCUGGUACCUGGACGAUAACAUCCGCCAGAACUGUGACUGGUCCAAAGUAAACAAGGCUGAUCCAGACUUCUACAAAUCCAACGUCAUGCACACAAUAAACGGUUAUGGCUUUGAGAGUGGGCCGCUCCUAGGCUUCUGCAGCGGUGAGGUUGCAACAUGGCAUGUGUCCAGCGUCGGAGCACAGGACUACAUCCAGACAGCUACCUUCUAUGGCCAUCCCUUUGAGCUAAAUGACAGAACAGAGGAAUUUCUCAGCCUCUAUCCAAUGACUGGGGAAACCAUCAAGAUGAACAUGGACAACACUGGCGUCUGGCUUCUGGCUUCCCUAAAUUCCCAUGAAACAACAAAAGGAAUGCGCUUAAAAUUCCAGGAUGUUGUGUGUUAUAAUAACAAUGAUUAUGAGUAUGAGGAUGAAGAUUCAGGAAAAGAUUUCAUUGAGUGGAAUCCACCAACACUGGAUAAACCCAAAGAGGAAGAAAAGAAAAUACUCAAAACCCCAACGGCUGAGCCAGACACUGACACAGACGUGUUUGCAGAAGAACUAGGUCUCAGGUCAAGAAAGAACCAGCCCAAAGACUCGGAUAUGGAGGAACUUGACCCAUCGGUACUGGAAUAUGGUACUGAUGAUCCUGUCAAAAACGUUAAUCAUAGCUUGAGUUUCAUCAAACCCUUGAAUAAACCUGAGCCUUCUAAUCUGGAUGCUUUGAAUGGUUCCCAGUUUUCAGUCCAGUUGGAGGUAAAUGACAUAAGCUUCACAGAACCGCACUCACAGAACCACAGCUUCAGUGGGAAUGCUACACACAGUCCAAGUAAUAGUACAAGAUUGAUUUCCCACAGUUUUCAACCAAAGGACAAUACAACAUUUUUUACUGGUCAGAAUCGGUUACUGAAGAAUAACAGCACAGCAGCUUCUAAGAAGACUGUCUCACACCCUGAUAAUGUCACUGCUUCUGCUGCAACAACAACUAGCAACGCUGCAGCCGCACUGGGACACAGAAAUGUGUCUGCAAACAACGUUAAUGCCGCUCUACCGAUCAAAUCCAUCAUUCCAAUGACCAAUCAAACCACAAUAACACAAGAGUGCAUCAAUGUGACAUCACCAUCUCAACAAACGUUUGCUCCCACAAUGGCAACUCCAGGAAAUUCAACCAUUGAUUCAGACAGAGAAAAGGGCUUAAGUCUAGAGGACUCUCAGGAGGAAUUCACCAGCAUGAAUGUGUCCUCUAACAACCUAUCUUUGUCACAUCCCAGGAUUACCUCUCAGAAAGAUAUCCCACACACCAACACAUCUACAGUCACGCUGAUACAGCGUACAACAAGGCAUGCUAACCUGUCAUCAACUGGAUUAAACCAUUCCCUGUCUGUUCCAGCGCUUGAUGUAGAGGAGGUUAAUGUUAGCGCUGUGGUCAGGAGUAACCUAACCAUUUUAGAGCUGAAGGAUAAAGACAAAACAAGUAACAAGAGCAACUCCAUUAUCACCAAAGAUCAACCAAAGCAAGGACUUAUUCUAAAUGCAUCUGAAUCAGUGACUGUUCCUACAAACUCCAGCCUGGGAAAUGCAACACGUGUUCUGCUUAAAGAUGAGUUGUUUAAAAAUAAGACUGUGAAUGUGUCCAUACUGGAUCCAUCAGGAAGAAGUACAGAGAGGGGAGCAGUCAUCACAGCCCUGAAGAACAAGUCAACCAACACAUCAUCCGUAGGGUUACCUCACCUGCCUAUGGCUGCUGAGGGGGUAAAAACACCCAGCUCUGAUGAGUUAGAAGCUUCAGAGAGCAAUGAAGAAGUCUUUAUCUAUCUUGAAGGAAACAGAACAGAGGUCAUAAAAACCUCCUCCAUCAAACCACAGGGAAACAACUGGACUUAUGAUGGAACACACUCCCUCAAGCAUCAUGAGAUUCCUGGCCACAUGAAGAAAUACUUUACAGAGAAGAUGCCUCAAACAACUCCACCACCCAAAACAUUCAAGAAUGUUAAUCGGAGACAAAGACCCAAGAAAGGUCAAGGAAUGAAAACAAAGAGAAGGAAGGACUACAGACCUCAGCCCAGGAGUUUUGUACCCCCCAAUCCACACAUGACCCCUCGUGGCUCAAGGCCCUACUCACCCCUGCCUGUCUCUGACGAGGAGAAGCUGAUUAACAUGCCUGUGGUCAUUGGUGUGCCCCGAUCCGAUUUCAGGGACUAUCAGCUGUAUGUUCCUGGAAGUGACCCAGAUACUCUUGAUUUUGAUCAAAACGAUGUGGUUGCAAACGAAUAUGAGUAUGUUUCGUACAAAGACCCAUACAGCAGUCAUGAAGAUAUAAAGAACCUGAACCUGGAUGAAACCAGUAAAUACUACCUGAAGUUAUCAGGGCCAAAUGUCAAGAUGUAUUUUAUUGCUGCAGAGGAGGUUGAAUGGGAUUAUGCUGGAUAUGGGCAUAGAAGGCUAGAAAAGUCGCAAGCAAACAGUCUACAGACCAAAUUUACCAAGGUGGUGUUCCGAGGUUACCUGGACAGCAGCUUCAGCACACCUGACAUCCGAGGGGAGAUGGACGAGCAUCUAGGCAUCUUGGGGCCUCUCAUCAAGGCUGAGGUUGGACAAAGCAUUAUGGUUGUGUUCAAGAACAAUGCCAAGCGGCCGUUCUCUCUGCACCCAAACGGGGUUUCCUAUACUAAGCAGUUUGAGGGUCUGUCGUAUGAGGAUGGGUCCAAAUACUGGUACAAGUACGACAACGAAGUUCAACCUAAUUCUACCUUCACUUAUGUAUGGAAAGUCAGCUCUACGGCGGGACCAUUGUCUGAGGAGUCUCAGUGCCGAACCUGGGCAUACUACUCAGGUGUCAAUCCUGAAAGAGACAUCCACUCUGGCUUGAUUGGGCCUCUGCUGGUGUGUCGAGAAGGCACCCUGAGCACCAAACUACUGGACAUGAGCGAGUUUGUUCUACUUUUUAUGACCUUUGAUGAGUCCCAGAGCUGGUACUAUGACAGGAACAGUGAGGUCAUAAACAGGAAGAGUCGAAAAAGGGUUCUGGAUGGCAACCACAAGGAGAACCUCGAAUUUCACACCAUCAACGGGAUAAUUUACAGCCUUAAGGGCCUGAGGAUGUACACCAACCAGCUCGUCCGAUGGCAUCUGCUAAAUAUGGGUUCUCCAAAAGACUUUCAAAGUGUUCACUUUCAUGGACAGACAUUCAUUCACAAAAAGAACAAAGGCUACAGACAGGCUGUCUACCCUCUGCUACCAGGGAGCUUUGCAACUCUGGAGAUGCAACCAUCCAAACCAGGCCUGUGGCAGCUGGAGACAGAAGUUGGUUUAGCUCAACAGAAGGGCAUGCAGACUCUCUUUCUGGUUCUAGACAAGGAUUGUUAUUAUCCACUGGGCCUUGAGUCAUGCAGCGUGAAGGACAAUCAAAUCACAGCAAUGAACACCAGAGAAAACUGGGAGCCCCAUCUAGCCAGACUGAACAACCAGGGUACAAAAAAUGCAUGGAGCACAGAGAAGAAUGGCAGCUGGAUCCAGGUAGACUUCCAGCGGCCAGUAGUGAUUAGUCAGAUCGCCACGCAAGGAGCCAAGCAGCGAUUGCGGCCCCACUUUGUGACAAAGUACUCCAUCUCCUACAGCAAUGACCGCCGUAAAUGGAUUCACUACAAAGGAGACAGCAGGGCUUUCUGGAAGGUGUUCUCGGGAAACCAAGAGGCAUACGAAACAAAGAAAAAUACUUUCAUUCCUCCUGUGAUUGCACGGUUUAUUAGGCUCUACCCCAUUAACUGGUAUAACACAGCCACGCUUCGCAUGGAAUUCUACGGCUGUGAGCUGGACGGCUGCUCAGUCCCUCUGGGCCUGGAGAACGGACUGAUACAAGAUGAGUACAUGACAGCCAGCUCCUCAGCUACCAACUGGUACUUUGGACCCUGGAAAGCUUCACUGGGUCGUCUAAACAAACAGGGCUCUGUCAACGCAUGGAGGGCUAAGAAUAACGACAUUAACCAGUGGCUUCAGGUGGAGCUGCCCCACAUCAAAAAGAUAACAGGCAUCAUAACACAGGGAGCCAAGUUUAUGGGGAAGGAGAUGUACGUCCGCUCCUACAGUCUGCAGUCCAGUGAAAAUGGGAUCCACUGGAUGAACUACAUGGAUGACGAGGACCAGUCCAUCAAGAUCUUCUCUGGAAACACAAAUAACAGCAACCACGUGAAGAACUACAUCUACCCCCCUCUCUUCUCUCGCUUCAUCCGAAUUAUCCCCCAGACCUGGAUGAACUCUAUCACCAUGAGGGUGGAGCUACUAGGCUGUGACUUUGAGUGAAGGACAGCAGGCCUGCUCAAAUAUUAAUGAACUCAGAAAAGUUCAAAGCUUCAGGUCCACGUUCCCGCUCACACACGCAGACGUCUCGUAGACAUAGAAAGUUUAGCCUUUUGUUAAACAGAUUGUAGAACUGAACUGUUACAUAAAUGAGGCUUCCUCUAUUAUUUAAGGAGCAAAUCACCAAAACAGUUUUUAGUGGAUAAACCGAAUAAAUGGGUGUCUAAUAA